AUGCCUGUCAAGACAUCCGGAAAGAAAAUUGCCCUUCUAGUUGGAGUGAACAACUAUCUCAAAGCCGACUCUGGCACUAGAAAAGACAACAAAGGCAACGAGGUGACCCUUGAUGACCUCGGUGGGUGUGAAAAUGACGUUCUCAGUCUCAAGACAAUGUUGGACAAGAAAUAUGGAAUUACAGACGCCACAGUCAUGAUCUCAUCCUCUUCCCCAAAUGCAACAUCUUAUCAACAGCCGACUUAUCAGAAUAUCGAAAGCGCUUUCCAAAAGGUCACUCAAACUGCACAGAAAGGAGAUCUAUUCUUCUUCCACUUCUCAGGCCAUGGUGCAAGACUUGAUACAACCCGCAAUCCACCCAAUGGCCACAUCAAGGAUCCCUCUUUAUUACCAAUGGACUUUUGCCAGGGCCAACCCGCGGUUCGUGGAUGGAUUCUUAAUCAUUGGCUUCGACGCCUUUACCAAAAAGGUGUGGAGGUAGUCGUCAGUCUUGACAGUUGCUACUCUGGAGGCGCUUGGCGAACGGACGGAAUGAAGAGGACUGUGGGCGAGGACUGGCAACCGCCAGUAAAUUUGCCAGCAGAUGAAGAACAGGCCCUGGGUAUCACUGCUAACGACGUUCCCUCCAUCGAGCGAAAUGCGGUACCUGUUGACUCGUGGGGUAUAAAUCCUUACAACUUCACACUGAUGGCCGCCUGCAAGUCCAAUCAAUCGGCUCAAGAGUGUCGCCAGGCCGAUGGUAAGAUCUGCGGCGUUUUCACAGCCGCAUUGGUGUCGCAUCUUCAUUCUGAUUCUCGGUUGAAGACCUAUCGCGCUGUCUGCGCAGCUGUCAAGGGAAAGUUUGAAGCCAACAGCAUGGCGCAAAUUCCCAUGGUAUACGGACACGACAGACUCCAAUUCUUGGGAACGACAGAGCCAUGUUGUGCGAUGCCACUCUACGUGCGAGUUGAGAAAGGUUCCAUUCGCAUUCCUGAAGGAACGAUUCAUGGGGUGACCCUGGGGACAGAAUAUACUGGGCUGUCGUCAGGCGCUCACAAGCUUGUCGUUGAAGACGUCGACGAUACUGCAUCGUUUAUCAAAAUACCCGACAAUACUCUGUCCGUCUGGAAGUCAGGAGAUGAGAUAUAUCGAUCCAGGUUGAGUACAUCGCAACCUUUCCGAGUGCUUGUCGACCCAUCUCUACCAAGUGCCUUCAACGAGAGGCUCUUGCGGAAACUCAAGCAACAUGUUCACGGUCCUGUUGAGGUUGUCGCAGCAAGUCCCUAUGAAGACCGGAGCAAGGCUGCAGUGGAAUUGAAGUGUAAUGAUGGUAAAAUCGAGCUCUACAAGCAGCAAUCUGGAGCAGACCAUGGUGCAACCACAGUAAAUGAUUCUGGUGCCAUGGAGAAAGUACCAGGGCUGGAACUGCCAUGCGCCACAGAACACGAGUUUGAACAAGCUACCAUACCAUCUGCCUCAGCUAUUAUUCACCUGCUCCGCUACCAACAAAUAUUUGAGCUUCGCGAUCUAUCCCCUGAGACCGAUGUCCCAUUCACCAUCAAACUCAUGGACGGGAACCGAUCGUCAGAAGUUUCCAAGGGACAAAGAGUCUUUUCUUCUACCCAAGUCCGCCUCGUCUUCCAGAACUUGAGCAGCGAGACACUAUACUUUACGGUUCUGACUUUUGGUCCGGGUCAUCAUAUCAACCAGCUGUAUCCCAGUAGUGACUCUUCGCGUCGUGUUGCACCAGGUUCCUGCAAUCGAGAAUGCCGUUUCCGGCUUCAACUUCCAGAGAAUCUACAGCCUGGUCUCUACAAAGACAUACUCAGGAUAUUUGUCACAAAUACUAGUGAUGUUUCACUGAAGGGCUUGGAACUACCUGAUAUUUGGAGCGAGGGGCAAACCUUUCACAGUACCAGUAGCCCAUUGCGAGAUGUUCAGCUGGUUGAAGAGUUUGAAUGGUGGAUCGACGAUUUUGAAAUAUGGACACAAAAUAGACCUGGUCGAUGA